AUGUAUUCCAACGUUCUCUUCAACCAGAGCGACCGAUUGUCCGUAGAAACUCCUCCAUUCCAGGAACAAGAGAAUAUUCAUGAGAUCAAGACCAACGAUCACUCUUUUGUUCGGCCAAACAUUCACGCAAAAAUUGAGAAAGGCUUCUUUCUCAGCGGCAAUCUCUGGACUUGUUAUCGGAGAAAUUACUUCUGGGUGCAAUGCUCGUACGAGCUUGACCCGCAUACGUCACACCGGCCGCUAUACCUUCAACGGCCAGACAGAAAAGGGCAACUAGAACAGAUUCAGGCCUUCGCAGUGUCGCUUAGUGCUGUAGUAGAUGGUAUGCCUGGGAAGACGGUUGAUCUUGUCCAACAUACGCCAAAGCGUGAUAAGGGACUACAAACCACUAUCCCCAUUACAAAGCUCUGGCCUACCCCACCUGGGUCGAAGCAUCCCCAUCUUACGGACACGGCAUACCCAUUGAGCGCUGGCGGUUAUGGGCCGCAGCAUCCUCAGCCGAUGAGCAGUCCUCGCCUCCCACUUCAAGGAGCACCCGACUCCAACCAACUCCCUCCUACAGACACUUCGACCAGCAGCCCUUCGAGCUCAGCCGGCUAUUCAUCUUCCACGAGCGUGCACAAUCAAAGCAACACCACUCACACAUUCGAGCGAGUCCAGUUCAAGAGUGCGACAGCGAACAACGGCAAGAGACGUGCUCAGCAGCAGUACUACCGUGUUAAUGUUGAGCUCUACGUCGACAUUCGUCAAAAAGGUGCUAAUGACCCCAUGUGGGUCAUGGUCGCGCGGCGUUCUAGCUGUCCACUCGUCGUCCGCGGCCGCAGCCCAAGCCACUAUAAAAGUGAAGGACCAAACAGCGCUGGACGGGGUGGCAUAAGCAGCCAUGUUUAUGGA